UUGCAUGUAGCCAGCGUCCUUUUCAAACAGGCUCGAAUGACAACUUGAGUUUGAAAUCACUUUGUGUACAUUUUGAGUAGGUGGACUAAAUCCCUGCCUUUGACAGUUUUGCAGACAUGUCAUAACAGUUCAAGUAUGCGAGAAAGAGAGGCUUUUUGGAAUAAUUAUUGUUAAAGGAACGAAAUGGUAGCAAUACAACGUCUGGCUGUUCAGUUAACGAUGGGCCUAACCAGAGAGUAACCGCUUCCCAAAGUUAAACGGAAGAGAUCGUUGAAUUUUGUUUACUCAAAAAAGCAGGAGAAGAAAUGGCAUGAGCCUUUACCUAGAGACUCUUUUUUCACAAUUGACGGUUUAAUCUGUGAAAUAUGGCAUUGCUGAAAUUUAUCGCUGUAAAUGAACAAUCUCGUACACUGGCAGGGAUGACUGCAAACGACGGAUUUAACCGGAGGAUUUUAGUUCUUAUCCUAAUUUUUCUAACAUUCGCGGAUAUUGGUCAGACUCAAACAGCAAUAAGAGGACUAUAUCCGCCAGUUACAGAGCUAUCGAAGUUUAAGACUGUAAAAGCAUCGUCAACUUGUGGGCUGAAUAACAUUCCAAUGACUUAUUGUAUGUCUUCAGUAAAUAAUCAAACGCUAAUAAACUGCACACGACUGAACUGUCUAUUAGACUGUUGUUCCACUUGUGGUAAGACACAACCAGCUCACACAAGUAUACUUUCGGGAUCAGCAGUCCAGGUAACUCAAGUAACUGAUACAAGACCUGACAGUGCAACUGGCUCUCGGUCAAGUAGUUUUUCCACUGGCUCUUUCAUCACUUAUGCAAACCUACCUGCUUCAAACAUUCUUGAACUUGGAAUGUCAGUUUGUUCUUGGAUAAAGAAGCAGAGUUCCAGUCCAGGGGCUUUGAUAUCAAAAGGAUCAGCAUCCUAUGCAUUCAUCAUUAAGCAGUAUGAUAUUGACUUUCUUUAUACCACAAGAGAUGCAGUUUCAGUGACAAGGAAUGCCACUCUUAGAAACAUCAACUUUUUGGAGAAUAGGUGGCAGCAUAUUGCCUUUGUUGUGUACAACAGAAAAUUAUCCGUAUUUGUGAAUGGAAAUGUUCAGAGGACUGUGAUACUUGAUGGAAUCAUAAAUGAUGUAACUGCAGAUGCAAGAAUUGGCCAAAGGCUGGAUGGCUCUUUUCAGUUUGUUGGUUUGCUGCAAGAAUUGAAAUACUAUGCAAAGGGACUUACAAACAGAGAAGUUAUUGAGGCUAUGAAUGGAACAUUGCUGCCUGUCUAUGGCUACCCACAUUGUCGUUGCCCACCUUCCCAUCCAAGGAUUUCUUUGUCAAAUCCUUUAUAUUGUAUUGAAAAUGGAAUUGAUUCGUCAUCAAGGCCACAAUUACGUCUAAGUGCAGAAUCACAUAUACCAGAGUUUCUUGUUGAUGGGGAUGUUGUUAAGCCUUGGAUCUCAGAGCUUGUUGAAAAUGCUACUGUUGAAAUUGAUCUUGUGUACCAAAAAUUGCAGGUGUUUCAGGUGCAAAUCAUGUUCUAUAGUCCUCCUUCAAGAGGAAUCAAGAUAGAGCGAUCACUUGAUGGUGGAAAAACAUACAUGCCCUGGCAGUAUUUUGCUGAUGAUUGCCAAAGGAUGUUUGGUCUUGUAAACAAUGGACCUUUGACAGCACCAGAUUCUGUGAACUGUCUGCAAAUCACAAGUCCUGUGCGCACUGACUUUGAGUCUUUAUCAUUCCUGACACAAGAGCCAGGACCAGAAAGCAAGCCCCAGCGACCAAUUGGAGAACCCGGAUGUUCAGAUUUUCAUUGUUCACCAAAAUUAUUGCAGUUUGUGAAAGCAACAAAUGUUAAAAUUAACUUUUACCAACACAUGUUAGUCCGAAAUCCACUUCACCAAUAUUUUGGUGUGAGAAGAAUCCUAGUCAGCGGAACAUGUGAUUGUUAUGGCCAUGGCUCAUCCUGUACCACUUUUGAAUCAAACAGUACACACAAUGCUUCAUAUAUCUGCUCAUGUGAUGCAAGGACAUUUACACAAGGAUCACAGUGCCAAGACUGUCUCCCAUUGUACAGAGACAAGCCUUUCAAGCGAGGUAUGGUCUUGAAUGCAUACCCUUGCAAAGCAUGCAACUGCAACAACCAUGCUACAGGCUGUACCUACAACAGCACCCUUGAUCUGAAUCCAAACGACAGAACUUCAUUAGGAGGUGGGGUAUGUGACAAUUGUCAGCAUAAUACAAUGGGGAGAUUCUGUGAGACUUGCCGGCCAUUGUUUUUCAGGCCUAGUGGGAAAGCAAUCAAUGCAGUUGAUGUUUGUUCUCCAUGCGAAUGUGUUGGCAAUGGUGUAGUUACACAGAAUUCUGACUGCCAACGGGAUGAUUCGAAUUCAAGUAUUAUCGCCGGUCAGUGCAGUUGUAAACGAUACACAACUGGAAGACAAUGUAACAAUUGCAAAGAUGGGUAUUAUUUCAUGACUGCUAGCAACCCAGAAGGAUGCCUUGCAUGUGAAUGUAAUACUGCUGGUAUAUUAAGCGGAAAUGUGUCGUGUCACAUAACAAAUGGACAGUGUAACUGCAAAGCAAAUGUGUACGGAUUGAAAUGCGGUGUAUGUAGACCCGGGUUUUAUGGUCUGUCAGCGAGUAAUGUUGAUGGCUGCUCCUCUUGCAAUUGUGAUCCAUGGGGCUCGACUGCAAGUGCCUGCAAUGUGAACACGGGUCAGUGCCCUUGCAAAUCGUCUACAGAGGACCUAAGAUGUCAUCAAUGUAAAGAUGGGUAUCACAGCUUAACCUCUAGUGGUUGCCAGCAGUGUAGAUGCAGUGCGGCCGGGACUGAUCCUGCUCAAAUCAACCUAUGUAACAAGACAACUGGCAACUGUGUGUGCCGUAGAAACGUUCAAGGACGCUUUUGUGAUACAUGUAAAGUCGGUUUCUACAACUUAUCGAGAACUCAUACUGAUGGAUGUCUUCCUUGCGAUUGUGACACUAAAGGAACACAGGGUAAUACUGGCCAGUGCAAUCCACUGAAUGGCACAUGUAGCUGCAAGUCCCUUGUUCAAGGCAGACGGUGUAAUGUUUGUAAGACUGGCACUUUCAACCUUACUGCAGGGAACAAUGAAGGAUGUACCAGAUGUAACUGCAACCCAAAAGGGACAGUGAAUGGUGCUACCACGCCACAAGCAUCCCUUCCGUGCUUCAGUAAUGGUCAGUGCACUUGCUUAACAAAUGUUGUUGGCCUCCGUUGUGAUCUUUGCAGCAGUGGCUAUUAUUGGAAUCCCAGUGGACAAGGAUGCAUUCAGUGUAACUGCAAUAUGCAAGGUUCAUCUGGCCCAUCUUGCAACGCGACUGGGUAUUGCAACUGCAGAACAGGGAGUGGUGUUGGUGGGCAGCGAUGCGACCAGUGCUUGCCAGGGUUUUAUAAUUAUAACUCUGGAAGCUGCACGGCUUGUGGGUGCUCUGUCGCUGGUAGUGUUGUGCCGAACUGUGACUCGACGGGUAGAUGCUUACAAUGCAAACCAAAUGUCCAAGGGUCGAAGUGUGAUCAAUGUAAACCUGGAACUUCAAACCUGCAAGCAGCUGAUCCCUUUGGCUGCAGUGGACCUCCGUCUGAGCAAGGGCCUGCAGUCAUAACGAACAUCACAUCAACGUCCAUGAUCGCUUCCUGGUUUCCUCCGGACACACCAAACGGGCUUAUAUUACGUUACGAGCUGUUUAGAAACGGAACACUUGUAUACAAUGGUACCAGACAGUCGCAUAGAGAUACAGGUCUUGUUCCGUACACUUUAUAUUCAUUUUAUAUCAUUGUCCAUACCGCCGGCGGCUCUACACGAAGCGUCGACAGCAACAAGGUUUAUAGUACCCUCCAAGAUAAUCCGAUUGGAAUGAACCCACCCCAGAUUGUCAAUGUCCAAGCAAGAUCGAUUGAAGCAAGAUGGCAGCCUCCUACAUACCCUAACGGACGAAUAAUCGCUUACAGGAUAUCAUCUACCAGCAGUCGAAGCUCUUCUUCAGUUCAACGUUACAGUGGACUUGGUCUAAGCACUCUUAUCACCGGACUAAGGCCAUUCACCAUUUACAAUUUCACUGUUACUGCUUGCAAUAUCAUUGGAUGCGUACAAAGUGACGUCACGACUCAAGCAACCCGCUCAGCUGCGCCUGAUAGCCAGCCAGCACCGUACCUGAAUGCACUUGAUGGCGGACAGUCUAUUUUCGUUUAUUGGGAUCCACCUGCUGAACCAAACGGAGUCAUACAGUUUUACGAUCUGUUCAUGAGACAGUCUCCGUUCAAUACUGCUGGUGCAACAACCGCAACAAAGUUGAACCCAACUCAGAGAAAUUUUACCGUCACGGGGCUGCGUUCUUUCACUGAGUAUGAGUUUCGUGUUGUAUCCUACACGUCACAAGUCAAAGGAGACACUUCUAGCUCGUGGUCAAGAAUAAGAACCUUAGAAAGUGUACCGGCGGGGUCUGAAUAUAUCAGCCCCAGGACCCAGGCAAGCUCAAGCAAAUCAGUCAAUGUUUCAUGGAGUGCACCAGGGUCUCCAAAUGGAAACAUAACACGCUACGACAUCUACAGAUUUGAACCAGCUGAUCUAUCAACAGCUAUACUUUCAAGCUCUGCAUUGGGAACUGUCCGGGUAUUUGUCGUCACGAAUCUAAGGCCAUACACAUCGUAUCAGAUUGCAGUUAAAGCUUGCAAUUCUAAAGGUUGCUCAGGUUUUAGCAGCCGAAGCACGGUUCUUACUCUACCUGAUGUUCCCAGCGGCCAAGGGUCUCCAAACGUCACUUCUGAAAACAGCUCCUCGGUUCAACUCACGUGGACUCAGCCAACCGUUCUCAACGGACCACUACCUGUCAGCUAUCAAACUGAACGAUCUUUUGCCGCUUUGAGUUACCCACCGCCUCAAGUAGAGCCAGGUGUUCGAUUCCCAGGAUUUGGUUUCUAUAAACUGCCUUCGAGUAUUAUGCCUGAUAGUGCAGAAACACGCCUAGAAUUUAGCAUUAGGACAAGAUUUCCUGAUGGCCUCGUUUUCUAUGCAGCUUCGGACCAACAAGAGGACAUGCUUGCUGUAGAGCUUCGAUCAGGUAAACCGUGGUUCAUUUUCGAUACUGAAACUGGCCCGGCAGCCUUCACCGUCUCAGGGUCUAUUCGAAUCGAUGAUGGAUCGUGGCACACUGUUCUUGUGACUCGCACAAGGCGUGAUGGAGAGAUUCGGGUAGAUGGUGUUCACGUUGGGAGGGGAUCUGGUGGGGGAUCAGCGAAUAUCAUUGGUCAAAUAUCUUCAGUUUACGUUGGGGGACUACCGACGAGCCACCAGAAUCGAAGAUCAGAUACUGGUGACGUUGUUCUAAAGCGAGCUUAUUUUAUCGGAUGCUUGAAAAGCAUGAAAUACAAGAAUGUGAACAUCGACUUCAACCAAGCCGUGCAGAGCUCCGUUGAUCACUUAUACACUCACUGUCCAUCCGAUUUAACUCUUGGCAUUCAUUUUAAAGGUGGUGGCUACGCUGUUUUGCCUAGUGGGAACUUCAGCGGAGGGAGCCUUUUCGUGAUUCAAAUGUUUAUAAGGACGACAUACAGUUCUGGGCUUCUGCUAUUUGCAUACGGUGGCAGCACCACUGCAAUUGCUUUGACGAUCGAUGCGGGAAACCUGACAUUAUCGUUUAAAACCCCUUCAAGAACGGGUAAAGAAAGUGCCAGAUACCCUCAGAUUUGCGAUGGUAGAUGGCACAAUGUGACCCUGACAGGGUUUUCGUCGCUCUCAGUUUUACACAUAGAUGGUUCCAGCCUGGCAUUUAGUAGUGUACCACCUAAUGCUAUUGUCAACUCAAGGGUAUAUUUAGGGGGAGUUCCUAAAGAAUCAGUGGCAGCGAAUAUGCUCAAAGCAUUGAUAAAUACAGAUUUUAUAGCCUUUGGUGGCUGCUUGAGAAGCAUUCAGUUUGCACGCAAGGUUGUUGUGCAGAGAGAUGUGCUAGAAAGCCGAAAUGUCGCAUUCGACGGGUGCCCCGCUGAUUUCGGACUGUCAUCGUCAGUUGCAACAUGCACUGAUCCAUCAAGGGUAGUAGGGCAAAGACAAUCCUCCACUUCGACUGUAGAUUCUGGACUUCGAGCAUUUAGUGAAUACUUGUACCGCAUCAGGAGUUUGAGGGAUGGGAUUGCAGGAUUUGCAGCGAGUGAAUGGCUGUCAGUCAGAACCAGAGAGGGAGCACCAAGUGGCAUCGCUACUCCUAUGCUACAAAGCUACCAUGCAAGAUGGAUUGACGUCGGCUGGAGCAAACCUAGUGUGAGCGGAGGAUUAUUAACGAAAUACCAAGUGCGAGCGAUUGAUGUUAGCAACGUAUCUGCUGUUGCAUUUGCUGACAUCACUGACACAUCAGUUAGGUCCCACAAUCUCACUGGCGUACAGCCUUACACAACGUACAACGUAAGCAUUCGUGCGUUCACCUCUGGAGGGUAUGGUGCAAGUGACUUCCUUCAACUUACUACGAGAGAAGCAGCACCGGAAUCACUGGAGCCGCCCACCGCAAUCGCAUACCCACGCGCGUUAUUCUUAACUUGGAAACCACCGCUGAAGCCAAAUGGCAGAAUCCUUUUAUACCAACUAGAGGUGAAUGGCAAUGUAUUAACAGUACGGUCAACUGAUCCGCGGAGUUAUAACGUAACUGGCUUAAAUGUUUAUACCAGAUACCGUGUUAUUCUGCGUGCUAUCAACACUGUUGGUUUGACGUCAUCAGAAGCAUUCAUAUACACAGGCCAACUCCCCCCUACAGGAAUUCACGCUCCCCAGCUACGCGUCCUUGGCAGCCGUAGGAUCGAAGUAACCUGGCGCGUACCAGACGUUCCAAAUGGAGUUAUAUCUAAGUAUGAAGUCCUUGCCGCUACUUCAGAUGUCGUUUCUCGAUAUGCAGUGUUGUACAAUGCAAGUAGCAGUACGUUUUCUACUGUUACAGCGAAUAUGACGCCAGGCAUGUUGUAUUACUUUCGCAUCGCCGCAUCAACCGCAGGCGGGCGUACGGUUGGUAAUGUUUCUACGGCACAAACCUUUGAAAGCUCCCCUGAAGACGUGCUACCACCUGUUUGUGUCCCCAUUUCGCCAAACUCCAUCAACGUGACUAUACAAAUCCCGUUAAAGCCAAACGGUGUCAUUAUAUAUUAUGAACUCUACCAUAACGGUGUUCUAGUAAAAAACGACACCCGUUUGUUCUUCCAAGGAACAGGUUUUCUCCCGUACACGAGACAUACUUACAAGACAAGGGCUUGCACUGCUAAAGGAUGCGGAGAAAGCAGCACCGUUGUUGUAUAUACCUUAGAUGCGCAGCCGCUUGGAAAUGUGAUUUUACAGGCCAAUGAGACAGGCUCCAGAUCUUUUUCCGCGCGGUGGACUGCAGUUCCGACACCAAACGGAAUCAUAAGGUACGCUGUUUAUGUCACUGGGCAUUACUACAUCAACGUCGACUCUACCGGAAAUCCGUUAACAUACCACACACGUAACAUGACCAGAAUGGUGUACAAUGGCAGUUUAGCUAAUGAAGUUUUUACGUAUAACGGGCUAUUACCAUUCAGUUACCAUGUAAUACAAGUGAAUGCUUCAAACAGAGCAGGUUACAUCCUGAGUAACACAGUUGGAUUUUCAACUCCACCUGAUGCUCCUGAGGGUGUCCUAGCCCCGAUCAUUCUCGCAAUCAAUUCAACAGCAUUGAAUGUCUCUUGGAGUCAGCCUCAGAGACCCAAUGGUUUGAUAAGAUCUUAUCAACUGGUUGGUCGGUUUCCUUCUCGAAACUCAAUAAAUGUAGAUGUCUUAUACGAGGCGGGUAUUUACUUCCGCAAGCUUAUUGGUAGCUUACAGCCUUACACCAAUUACAGUUUCAAAAUAAUCGUCAAUGGAACUGGGGGAAUAAGUGAAAGCGCUUGGCAAAAUACCACGACUCCUCAAGAUGUUCCAGAGCACAUUGAUCAGCCAAAAAUCGUAAACAUAGAAUCACGGACUGUCUUUGUCGAAAUUUCUGCGCCUGCCAAACCCAAUGGUGUUAUUAUUCAUUAUAUACUAUACUUGAAUGGGACUGAGGUAAACCGAACUCUAGAAACGAGAUUCGAGGCUAGAGGAUUGAUGCCGUUCUCCUUUUACGAUGCGUAUGUCAGUUGCUGCACUGUUAUUGGCUGCAGGUCGAGUGUCAAGACAAAGCUGUUUCAGACAUUGCAAGAUGUACCUGCCGGAUUAUCAGCACCAACUCUGCAAUCCAAUGGUUCCAGAACAGUGAUCGUACGUUGGACGAAACCUUUGACUACAAACGGCAUCAUACUGGCCUACCAAAUACAAAGAAGACUUGCAGGCGACGCUCACCCCGUCGUAGUUGGAACUGUCAACGCAACAACAUCCCCCAAUAUCUUCAUUGAUCGAACAGUGAAACCUUGGCGAACAUACGAGUUUAGAGUCAUUGCGAGGACAAUCGCCGGGGGAACACCAGGGCCAUACAGCUCCAUCUCAAUGCCUGAAGGAGAUCCCGAGGGCAUACCUGCUCCAAAUGUGACAGUUCUGUCUCCCUCAAGUCUGCUCAUACAAUGGUCGAGCCCAUCUAGUCCAAAUGGUCAUGUAAUCCACUACUACGUCAUAACAUCUGGUCGUCGAGAGCUAGUCAACCGUACAACAAACCUUUCGUAUACAUUGACUGGGCUUGGGUCGUAUAUUCAGUAUUCUGUGGUUGUAGCAGCUUGUACUAUCGGAGGCUGUGGAAACAGUGAACCAACUCAAGCAAGGACCCUCCCUUCUGCACCAAAUGGUCAACCCACUCCAAUGGCCAGUGCUCUCUCUGCUACAAGUUUGCGAGUUCGUUGGGGCAAUCCCACCCAUCCAAACGGUCCCAUUGUUCAAUUCAUCUUGUCAAGGAGGACUGCUGAAGAUCUGGUUACAGGCUCCCCUGGAACCUUGUACCCUACAAGCUGGAUAGUUGUCUACAGGGGGUCAAGUCAAGUUUAUGAUGACGUUGGCCUUGGAAUCUAUUCUUUACAACAAUACAGGGUGAUGGCUGUUACUACUAUGGGCAAUACAAGUAGCAACAUAUCAACCUCGUUCAGAACAGGGGCAGCCUCGCCUCUGCAGGGUGUCAAUCUCACUGCAUUCGCAAUAGAUCAUUCAUCAGUCAGGUUGGCCUGGACAUUGCCUUCCUUGCAGAUGCUCAGAGGACCUGCAAUUCGCUUUGAUAUUUCAUACGAAAUUGUUGGUGGACCUGUCUUCAUUUCGGGCUCUUUGCAAGGCAAUGAAACAGGAACAAUUAUCAAUAAUCUCAAACCAAGAACUCGCUAUGCCUUUGAAGUCACUGUAUUCAACGGAGCAGGCUCUAGGGCGAGCCCUAAGGCAACAGUUCAGACACUGGAUGGUUCUCCUGAAGGACUGGCUGCGCCCACUCUCUAUGUUGUUUCAUCGUCAGCAAUUAGAGUGUCUUGGACAGCUCCACGUGUCCCAAAUGGUGUCAUUGUCAAUUACACUAUUUUUGGAAACAAUAAGCCCUACGAUUCUGUUUCUGGCACCACCUAUUCUCACACGCAAUUCAACUUAAAAGCAUACACUGAUUUUACGAUACAGGUCAGAGCUUGUACGCAAUACGCAUGUACACUUAGUGGUGGGACAAUCGCAAGAACACUAGCAGCACCUCCUGGACUGAUAAAUCCACCACAAUUGCAACCUUUGACUUCAUCUUCAGAGUUCGCUGGUGUAACAUUACCUGUUGAACCAAACGGACAAAUGGUUGGAUAUCAGUUAUACAGAAGAAAAGUCUACAACUGCCCAACCACACAAAACCCAAUUGUGAAAUGUACGUACAUUGAAUGCAGUAUUACCGAACAGAUAUGCAAUGGGAGGUGCUACAAUCCUUCAACUCAGAUAUGCUGCGAUGGAUCACUACAUCAGAUUGACAGUACGAAGUCUUGCUGUGGAAAGAACUACAUUCGCAAGAAUUCUCCAACAGAUGUGUGCUGCGGAGGAUCAUUUCAUUUCAGUCAAAGUGGCUACCAAUGCUGUCAUGGACAUUAUUUGAAUGUUCCUGCGGGUUCUAUUUGUUGCCGAGGCCAAACCGGUGUUGUUGUUGGCCUUGGAAAUACUUGCUGCGGCGACGUACCUUUUAACGUUAAUGGGACAAAAUCGUGCGUUUGCGGAGCUCUAUACGAUCGGUUUCCACUUCGAAAAUGUUGUGGUAGACAGGUAAUCUCAGGGGCCGAACAGUGUUGUGGAAACGAAACAGUGGGCACGAAAUACGACUACAAUGCAACAAAGUCUUGCUGUGGAACUGAUUAUGUUGACAGAGAUACCUCGCUUUGCUGCGGUAACAGUGUUGGGCAGUUUAGGGUGCAUUCACAUUCAAGUGUGGUGCAGAAGUCCCUUAUGAAGUGCUGUGGAACCAAUCAGAUUUUGCAGACAACCAGUUGCUGUAACAAUCAAAGUUAUGACAACAGUUCUCAAUUUUGUGCUGACAGAUCGACAUACAGUGAGACGGACUGUGGCAGCGGUCGAGUUUGCCGUAGGGAUCAAGCCGCUAGCGCCUAUUGUAAUCGAUGUGAUUUCAACCCAAUCCGAUCGAUAUGUGGCAGUGUUGCUGGGUAUUUUGAUGCAUCUGCAAACGCUACUAACAGCACAGUUAAACUUUGCUAUGAUAACUUUACAGAGGUUCUGCGUAACUCGCGAAACCCAAGCAUAUUGGCGUUUGAUGAUCAAAAUCUUUUACCUCAUACAUUGUAUGAUUAUUAUGUUGUUGGGAUAAAUACCGAAGGAAGAUCAAGAAGUAGAGAAAACAGAACACGGACGCUGAUGGCCACACCAGAUGGCCUAGCUGCUCCCCAGACAACAACACUCUCAGCCACUAGGAUCGCCAUCACGUGGUCUGCUCCUACUCGCCCUAAUGGAGUUAUUCAAGCCUAUAGGCUGUAUCGAAUCAAAUGGACAACCAAACAAGAGACACUGGCCUUUUCUGGCCUUUCCUUUUCACAUACCGAUUCGCAAGGUCUUGAGCCUUUCACAGGAUACAUGUAUAUCAUCAGCGCCUGCACAGUGCUCUGCGUCAACACAUCGGCUGCCUCCUUGGUAUAUACCGAGCAAGCUGCUCCACAAAAUGUCCAGGCACCAAUCCUUAGAGCAAUUAGCCCCACUGCUAUUCAAGUCAACUGGACUGCUCCGGGAAAUCCAAACGGCAAUAUCAUCCGAUACAACGUGAGCAGAAUCACGAAUGGAACCCAUGUCUCGAUUUUACCAGCUGGUGAUCUAGGCCUAUCACUUUCACGCACAGUAACAAGUCUAUCCCCAUAUACACUGUACACUUUUAAUGUCACUGCAUGUACGUCUGUUGGCUGCUCUGCUGGCCCUUCUGCAUCUAUUCGUACCCUGCAGGCUCCUCCAGAAGGCUUGGAUCGACCCUCACUCACUGUCAUAGAUAACAGAACAGUUGAAGUUGAAUGGAAACAGCCAACGGUAACAAAUGGUGUUAUCCUGAGCUAUACACUGUAUCGCAAUUCUAGCCGCGUGUAUCAAGGUUUAUUACUUCGAUUCACAGACAGAGGCCUGACACCAAACAUGAUUUAUAGCUAUAAAGUCAAAGCAACUUCUGGUGGUGGAGGCACGAACAGCUCGUUGUCCAUUGUAAAGAUGCCUGAGAGCACUCCGGCAGGUAUUGCCGCACCAAACAUUGCUUCAGUUAGCUCCUCCCAGCUACGUGUGUCAUGGCAGCCACCUAGCCAACCCAAUGGAAUUAUUACGCGAUAUGAACUGAUUUAUAAUGAACUAGGCUUAGACCAGAGAACAAUUCCUGUGAACCUAGUCACAACAUAUACCAUCAGUAGCUUAAAGCCUUUCACUCAAUAUGAAGUAAGGGUUACAGCAUGCACUGUCAAAGGAUGCGGAACUGGAGGUCGAUCUGUAGCACGUACUCAAGAAGCUAGGCCAUCUGGACAGCAACAGCCAACACUUUUCGCGAGAUCAUCUUCGAUAAUUGAAGUGAGCUGGAGACCACCACAAUCGCCUAAUGGAAUUAUCACUCAAUAUAAGGUAUCGCGAAAGGAGCUUAAUGCGGUGUUGACAUUCGUUGUGUACAUUGGUACAGCACUGGAUCAUAUCGAUACGGGCUUGAAGCCAUACACGUCUUAUCAGUACAAAGUAGAGUCCCGAAAUAGCGCUGGCUUUGUGGAAAGCCAAUGGGCGGUGGCUCUAACUGCUUCUGGCAUACCUCAAGGACUGUCAGCUCCAUCUGUGACCGUUCUAAGCGGGGUUUCAGUUCUUGUAUCCUGGUCGCCCCCAACAACCCCAAAUGGUUUGAUUACUGGAUAUGAAAUCAAAGCCAGGACAUUGUCACAAGCCAGUAGUGAGUUCGUCGCACGUUGCUGUAUUCCUGCACAUUUAUUGAACAUAACAGUGCUAGGACUCAAGCCCGCGACAACAUACGAGUUCAGAAUGGCAGCAAUGACAUCAGCAGGGUCUGGAUUCAGUAGCUGGACGUCAGCACGCACGCGCGAGGACCGACCUGCAAAUAUAAGCAGUCUUCGAACCAACAAGAACCCAGAUGGACGAGGGGAUGGAACAAGUCUACAGGUUUUAUGGAGCCCCCCAUUGAAUCCCAAUGGUGUUAUAACAAACUAUGUACUAUAUCUUGGCAAAGACAUGGUCUAUCAAGGAUUGCAGCUACAAACAAUAAUUCGUCGACUCACCCCAUAUACUAAUUACACAUUCACCUUAGAAGUCUGUAACUCUGCUGGUUGCACAAGAGGUAACCCUCAGAUUCUGAUAACUGCUGAAGUACUUCCGCAGGGACAAAUGGCUCCAUCUGUUGGUACAUUUACAGCAACUUCUGUGACUUUGAAUUGGAGGCCACCCUUGUCUCCGAACGGAUUCAUUAUACGGUAUGAUGUGUUGCGCAGGGUAGGUGCCACUACCAGAAGAAAAAGACAGACCCUUGAAACUAUUGUUUAUUCUACAAAUGAAACGAUGAAAUCUGCAUUCACAUACAAUGACUCUAAUCUUUCUCCAUUCACCACAUAUCAAUAUAAGAUCAGAGCAGUCAACUCUAAGGGUCAAAUAGACAGUGACUGGCAGACGAUGACAACAGAUUCUGCUGCUCCUGGAGGAGUACAACCCCCAAAUGCAACAGCUCUCAGUGGCUUCAGUGUCAGACUGCAAUGGGCUCUUCCACGUGCACCAAAUGGUGAAGUCAAGUAUUAUAUUGUUUUCCGCAAUGGUACUCGAGUAGCCACGCAAACUGGGAGGACAUAUCUCGAUUCUAGUUUGAGUCCUGUUACCCUGUAUCGAUACACAGUAAGCGCCUGCACAGUAGCAGGUUGCACAGUGAGCAAUGCUGUUGAUGUUAUUACGCUGGCUGCAGCUCCAGGCGAUAUGCGACCACCGAUUUUGGAAGCUCUUGAUGCAAACCGAAUAAGGGCGACAUGGACUGCUCCAUCUGUGCCUAACGGACAAAUACAGAAGUACCAGCUGAGGUUAUCAAGUAGCCAGCAACCUUUGUUUGAAGGCCUUGCAAACACUUAUAUAGUAUCUGGUUUGAGUCCGUACACACUCUACUCUCUUACGAUAACUGCAUGCACCUCCUUUGGAUGUGGGUCGCCAAGCACUCCAGCCCUCACCCGCACAAUGGAGGCUCCUCCGCAAGAUUUGGAUCCUCCUUCUCUGUUUGUUUUAGGCCCGACAACAAUAGAAGCAACAUGGAGGCCUCCACGAACGCCAAAUGGUGUUAUUCUAUACUACACACUAAAACGAGGUACUGCUAUGGUUUGCAAUGGAACAUAUUUGAGAUGUUUUGACGGAACAGUAGCUCCUGGUAGAAGCUACGUGUACACUAUAAGUUGCACCAAUGGAGCUGGCAGUGUUACUAGCAUAUCACAGCAUAGUCAGACGACAAGUCCUAGUGCACCUGAAAACGUCUCCCGACCAAGUCUGCAACCACUCUCAUCCUCUUCCAUUCAAGUAAGUUGGACACCUCCCCUAAAACCUAAUGGCGCUAUAAUCAAAUAUUACGUCUUGGUCGGUGGUCGAGAAAUAGACGUUGCAAACAAUCUGUAUUAUAUUGUUACGAACUUGAACUAUUACACUUUGUACGAAUUCAGAGUAAGUGCUUGUACCAGCGCUGGUUGCACCAGUGGGCCAGCUGCUUCUGCCAGGACACUAGAGGCUAAACCGACGAAUCAAAGUGCACCAAUUUUCCACAGUGGUAAUGUUGGGUCACGGUUUAUAGUUGCUGAAUGGUUACCACCUCUGCAUCCGAAUGGCAUCAUAAGAACCUAUGAAUUACGUCGUCGCUCCUUCGGUGUUGCAGAGAAGACUGUUUACACUGGGCCCUUGCGUAUCUACAACGAUUCAAGUUCAGAUAUACAACCUAACGUAAAAUACGAGUACCAGGUUAUAUCCACCAAUAAUGCUGGCAGUGCCCCCAGCAGAUGGGCUCCGGUCACAACUGCCAUUGACAAGCCGGAACAAGUAAAGGCAGUCUCUAUAUUGCCUCAAGACAUCAAAUCUGACUCGUUUGUUUUCAGUGUGGAGGAGCCGGGGAAGCCAAACGGCCGUAUAGUAUCAUACACCAUCGAAAUCGUUGGUGUCAGAAACAUAACUUUAAAUUCCGUGAAGAGAGGUUCUGUAACGGGGCUUACUGCAUUUACAGAAUAUUCCGUCCGUAUGUACGCAUGCAAUACAGCUGGUUGCACGAGGGGCCCAGCAACGAUUGUCAGGACUGCAGCCUCUGCUCCGACUGGAUUUGUUGAUGCACCCGUCAUUGUUUCUAAGACAUCUAGGUCUGUGAAUCUUCGCUGGAACCCGCCAGCAAGCCAAAAUGGUCCAACCGUGUGGUAUCAAGUAUCUCAACGAUUCGUGUGUCCACAAGCUUCGAUUCCUCCUCCGAUUUGUAAUCCAUCUUCACAAUCAUACAAUGCGUCGAAUCUGACCAUUUACUCAGUAACUGGACUUCGCCCUUACGUUAGUUACUUCUUCAAAGUGACCGUUCACAACAGCGCUGGAUCUGCGCAAACUCCAGAAGCAACAACAACAACUACUGCUGAAAACCCUGUUGUGCUCGCCCCUCCGAAUGUAACUGUGGUUAGGAACACUAUCACGAUUGAGUGGACACGAUCAUUUGAUUUGCGCAGUCUCUUAGAGGAGUAUUCUGUGGAAGAAAACCUUAUUCAGGCAUACACGGGCAACAAGCUCUCAGUUGUCAGGCCGAACAGAGAAGUUGGAGCUUAUUCAUAUAUCGUUCAAGCCAAGACGCUCGUAAACGGAAGAGAGGUUAUUGUAACAGCGCCGUCCGUUACCGUCAAUAUUGGUGACGUUGCUGUUACCAGUGCUCCAGUAGUAGCUGCAGAUUCAUGGUAUCAGCAAGUCUGGUUUUUCGCGCUACUUGGAUUAGCUGCUGCUCUUAUUGUACUUCUCUUUAUUGUUCUCAUAUUCCGAAGAUUUUCUGGAGAUGUUCAUGUUUAUUUACGUGAAAGAGAACCCCUUCCAAUACGACCAAAGAGCAAGUUAGGUUCCCGUAGUGGAUCGAGGACCAGCCUUGAUGGAACAAGUGACAAGCGAUUUCCGUCCUUAGGGACCCCGUCUCCAAGUCGCAAGGAAGCUUAUCAGAUGACUCAAAACAUUUACAGCAGUCGGCAGCAGCUGGUGGAUUCCCCUAUAGGACCUGAUUUCACUCCAACUGGUGACAAAUUGUCAUUUCUCGAUCCUGCUGAACCGUCAUGGGAUACGUAUUUGAAAGGGUUCAGCUCAAACGGAAAAGACCGAGAUUCUGGCCUGUUUGAUGACCCGUCGCCAACGUUACAAGGCGAUGACGAUUCAGUCCAAUAUCACAGUGUCCAGAAAGAGAGAGUUUUAUUCCCAGACACACACUUGUAAAGCAACAUUGUAAACCAAUUGAAGAUGUGGAUAUUUUUUCAACGUAAGCGAUUUUUCUGGAUGGGGACAUUUUUCUUAAUAGUUGUACAUUUUUGUAUGUAAAGCUGCUUCUAAAAAUUCUGCUUGGAUAUAAUUACUUUAAACGAUUUUUUCUUGUAUCAUGGUAUAGAAUAGUAGCCCAUUGAUUCUUUUUGGGAACAUGGCAUUAACCAAGGUACUUGAUGCUUCCACCUCCCCUUGUUUUCCAGAGCCUUCCCCACAAAAUACAUUUAUCGAUACUGCCAUUUAUCGAUACAUGAACUUUAUUCUAACCAGCCUUUUUAGCUGAUAUCUACGUUUACAAACUAGGUAUUAGUCCACCAUGAAAGAAAAAUUUGCUAAUAAGCCCUCAACCUUGAAGUAAAAUUCCUGUAAGCAAUACACUCGGAUAAGCCCCAGCCGAUUUUACAUGCCAAUUGUAGCAAUACACAUGGGCGCCGACGCAGGUUGGAAAGUAGAGGGGCCAUGAUAAAAUAUAACAAUCAUAACAAAAGAUUUAAAAAAAAGCUCUAUUGUUUUGCAAAAAAAGUGAGGGCCCCCCCCCCCUUCGUCGGAGGCCCUGAUACAUGAUUUUAGUCAAUGAUGCCAUAUUCAAUCAAAAAUGAAAAACCAGAGCCUCUUUACAAGGUUUUUGUUGUUAACAUUGUUUUGUAGAAUGCUUCGUUUCACAAACUGAACCCUUAAGAAAAGUUGGAAAAAUUUGGAGAUGAGCUUUCUGUAUGGCGGGUUUCUGAUAGCUUCAUAACCUUUCAUGGUCUUGGCACCUAGCAUUUCCUAUAGAGUGAAUGCCUGUAUUUGUAACUCGUUACAAUGAUUCUGAUUUAUAUGUGAGCCGAUUGAAGAAUUUUAAUUGCUAUAAGGUUCAUUUACGCUACGCUUUGAUGUAAAUUUUCUUGAUUUUGAAGGUUAAAGUGUCUUUUAUUUAAGCCAUGUAACAAUUAUGUUCUGGUUAAAAUUUAUGAUUGAUAUAUUGAUUCAUUCAGCUAGAAUUAGGUGAUUUUCAAAUUAAUGCUUGAAAAUAUUUUGGUAUGAAGUAUGUCAUGGACUUUUAUUGUAAAGGUAGCAGAUAUUUGUAAAUUUGCGUAAUUAUGUAUAUAUCAGCAUCAUUCAUUUUCUUCA